AUCCACAUCCGGAGCUCACUUCCAGCUGAGAGGAGCCAAGUUCUGGUCCGCGGUGAGCCAUGAAAGAGCUGCGAAAUUUUUGGUGGAUUCUGCUGGUUCUAGCGACCCCACCAUCGCGUGCCCUCUUUGAUGGCUCUCCCGUCCUCUAUCUCCAGCCCGAACAGGUCCACCUCAGCCUAGGCGCUGAUGAGACCGAAAUGAUAGUCACUUGGGUGACGCUGUCCCCGACAAACUCUUCGGUGGUAGAAUACGGCUUGGAUUCGACAUCAAGCCAUACAUUGACCGAGAAACGGCACGGCACCAUGGAGCUUUACGAGGACUUUGGGGAUGAGCGACGCAAGAUCUACAAUCAUCGAGUCGUGCUCACUGUACUCACACCUGGGACCUAUUACCGUUACCAUUGCGGAGACCCAGUCGUGGGGUGGAGCGACGUUUUCACGUUCAGGAGCCUCCUGAUAGAUGACGCUUUCAACCCGAAGUUCCUUAUUUACGGCGACUUAGGGAACAGCAACGAUCAGGCCUUGACAGCUAUCGAAGAAGAGGUUCUGAAUUCUCAGAUAGACACCGUGGUCCACUUGGGCGAUUUCGCCUACGAUAUGGCAGACGACAAUGCGCGGCGUGCCGAUGAGUUCAUGCGGCAAAUCGAACCUAUAGCAGCUUAUGUCCCAUACCAGGUCUGCCCCGGCAACCAUGAGUAUCACUACAAUUUCUCCAACUACGAGGCUCGCUUCUCGAUGUGGAAUCGACAGCAAAACCAGCGAAACAACUUCUUCCAUUCGUUCAACGUUGGACCAGUCCACAUGGUUCUCUUCACUACUGAGUUCUACUUUUACCUUCGAUUCGGCUACGAGCAGAUCCAGAGCCAAUACAAUUGGCUCAUUCAGGAUUUGGAGGAGGCGAAUCUACCUGAAAACCGGCAGAAGAGACCUUGGAUAUUCUUGAUAGGUCACCGUCCUAUGUACUGUACAAACCAGGAGUUCCGCGAUUGCUCGGCUCCGUACAGCAUCCUGCGCUCAGGGAUGCCCUUCACUCAGGACUUCUGUCAGGAUCUUCUGAAGAAAUAUGGAGUCGACAUCUACUGGCGGGACGACCAGCACUCAUACGAGCGGCUCUGGCCGCUAUACAAGUGGGAGGUGUCCGAUCGAACAAGCGCUGCGUACAUCAAUCCGUCGAGCCCGGUUCACAUUGUCACGGGAGCACCGGGUAACCGUGAGGAACUGAGUCCCUUCGGUGAAGAUUUCCGCAAUAUCAGCGCCUAUCGGACCGCCGACUACUACUCGUACACAAGGCUGCAGCUCCUCAACAAAACCCACAUACUCAUGGAACAGAUUUCCGUGCCUGAGGGAUCCGUGUUAGACUCGUUGGUCAUCGCAAAAAAUUCAGCAGCACCGAAGUGGCAACAACCCGAUCUCCCGUUGACCUCUUCAUUAUGUUGAUAGCCCCUGAUAGACCUCCGGAGUUGGAGAGAGUUCCCACGGUCUCCGACGAUUUUCGCCGAUUCUCCCGAGCCGGGAUCGAUCUUAGACGAUUUUCCCCGAGCAAUAAAAAAUUGAAGUCUGUGCG